CAACCUCUUCCUUCCACAUCCUUCUUCCUUUCUCAUCACAACAGGUUCGUCAACCGAAUUUGUUAUUCAUCACAGAUCAACCAUUCAUCAUGGCCGAUCAUCACAGUCACCAGCAGUCUUCACUGAAGCGUAAGAGAUCUCCAACUGAUCAUGCUCCGGCAUCUUGCAUCAAGCAAGAAGAUGAUGAACCUGUAGAGCAGAUCAACAGAUCUUAUGACCAAAAUUGCUCUUCUCUCAUCUCUUUGCUUAUCGAGCGUGAUCGCUACGUCCCCAUCUUCGACAACAUCUACGAUCAUCUCGGCAUUGCCGACAUCGUUGCUUUGACCAGAGUCUCAAAGGCUCUGUCCACACUAUACACUGACUAUGUGUCUCUGCAUUGGAAUGUCGACAAGCACCUCGCCCGCUUCGUUGCCGAUCCCAAGGCUCUCCGCCAUCAUAUGGGUUUGAAUAGAUCUUUGAUCGUCGGCAGUGUACCCAUGCAGUUCUUCUCUCGUCUGAGCUGGAAGGACUCCAGCUUGGACAUCCUAGUCGAGAACGGACCUGAAGCCGAGGCCAUGAUGGCUUAUAUCGCCAGCCAAGGAUACCAUAAGUACAAGAAACUCGACAUGAACCAUCUGGAGUUCGACUUUGAAAUGACACCAUUCACGAGAGGAGACAGUGCCAAAUCUACCGUCAACCUUAUCACUAUCUCUGACAGUACAAUCUGGGCCUUUCUCGUUGGCCCGGCAUCCAUGACUGCUAAUUCUUGUUUUAUCGCAUGGGACAAAGCCUACUGCCUCUUCCCCCAGUACACUCACACCCUUGGCAAAACAAUGUUCGCCGCCCAUCUCGGCCGUCCCAGUCAAGGAGGCAGAUCCAAAACUGUACGAUCCAGCAUUACCAAAUUCAAGAACAGAGGCUGGCUUGUCAGCGAUAGAUCAGUCAGGCGAAAACCUGAUCUUACCGAAGACUGCCAAUUGGCUAUUCGCGAACUUAGCGGCGCUCGCAGAAUCGGCGAUGUUGAGACUUGGUCGAUUCCUUUCGACUGCUUCAAUCUCCCAAACGAUCGAUUCAAGCUCGAUAGCAAUUUCAUCGAAAGAUGCACUUUCCGCGUCGAGAUCAUCAAAUAUACUGCUCCCGGUCACAUUCGCUUCAAAAUGCAUACAGCCAGCUUCGAAUGCUGUAUGCUACGCUACAGGUACACCUUUGACCUCGCACAGUUCCCCGAGGAGGACUUCCACGGUCAUCUGAGAUACGUUUUGUGUCACAAUGCCGUUACUCAAAUCAGACGCCACCUGAACGCUCACCAUAUUGCUUCUGGAGAGCACCACUCAUACGAGGAUGUGGAUGGUACGACCGAAGUGAUGAACAAACAACUUAGUGCAGCAAUCAAAAUAAUGUCUACGGCGAUUGUAGAAGACGACGAUGACAACUAUGAUGAAUCGUGCCCCCUUCUCGCAAUUCCCAACGACGGAGAAAGUUUUGAAAGACCCGAUGGCUGGGAGUACGCUGACGACCUAAUACCUCAAAUACAUGAGGACUGGAGCAAGUACCAGCCCUACUCCAGAGCCAUAAUGAAGGUCAAAGCCGAGAUCAAGGAGGAGAAGGAGGAUUGAAUACUAAUACGAGACACCAAUUUCGGAAAUGGAAGACCGAUGAUCAAAAAGACAAGGUUAGCAAAAGGGCUCAGAAUGCCAUGACCAACGGAACACGAAUACUUGCAUUGCUCUUCUAGCUUGACGAAUCAAG